CUCCUUAAAAGAUACGGAGUAUGUUAGAAAAUUGACGGUUUUUAUCUUACACACUCACCCCCAACCCAACAUUUACAUAAUUUAUUUAUAUGAGUGUGGAUUCCUUUCUUGAUUUAAUCAAUUGUACUUGUUGACAACACAUUAAGAUUUGCAGAGUGAGGAACAUAUAUAGCCAAAAAUGAACAAGUGUCUAGGAUCACUAUGCAUACUUUUGUUGCUUCUCUUAGUUGAAGCUGCCCCUCAAGGAUCUCUCAUCACACAACUCCCUGGUUUCAAUGGCAAAUUCCUCUCCAACCAUUACUCAGGGUAUAUAAGUAUUGAUGGAAAUGCUGAAAAUGGGAAGAACUUGUUCUACUACUUUGCUAGUUCAGAAAGAAAUCCAAGUAAGGAUCCGGUUGUUCUAUGGCUCAAUGGUGGACCUGGGUGUUCUAGCUUUGAUGGCUUUGUUUAUGAACAUGGGCCAUUCAAUUUCGUGGCUGCAAAAUCAAAAGAGAAGCUACCCACUUUGCAUAACAAUCCUUACAGCUGGUCAAAGGUUUCCAAUAUUAUAUAUUUGGAUUCACCCACGGGUGUUGGCUUGUCUUACUCAAAGAACACAACCAAAUACUCAACUGGGGACGUACAAACUGCUUCUGAUACCCAUGCUUUUCUCUUAAAGUGGUUUGAGGAAUUUCCAGAAUUCCAGGCUAAUCCAUUUUAUGUUUCUGGGGAGUCUUAUGCUGGAAUUUACGUACCCACUCUAGCUUUUGAAAUUGCUAAAGGAAUCCGGAGUCUUACAAAGCCCGUGAUCAAUUUGAAGGGUUACUUAGUGGGAAAUGGUGUCACGGACCCAACAUUUGAUGACAAUGCUUUUAUCCCAUUUGUGCACGGAAUGGGCCUCAUAUCAGACGCUAUUUAUGAGGAUGUACAAGCUAAUUGCAAAGAAAAUUACAACUACGAUUCUAAUACCGGGGAUGAUACAUGCUCUAAGAGCAUGGAAAAAGUUGAUAGGGCUGUUGAUGGUCUUAAUGUGUACAACAUAUUAGAGCCAUGCUACCAUGAUCCUGAAGUUGCAAGAAACAAAAGCUCUAACUUGCCAUUGAGUUUCCAAAAUUUAGGGAAAACAGAGAGACCUCUCCCAGUGAGAAAGAGGAUGUUUGGUAGAGCUUGGCCUUUUAGAGCACCAGUCAGAGAUGGUCCUGUUACCCUAUGGCCUCAAUUAAUGGCUAACAAUUUGGGACAUGUCCCUUGUCUUAAUGAUGAAGUAGCAAUCGCUUGGCUAAACAACGUUGACGUAAGGAAAGCCAUUCAUGUUAAUGAGGCAAGUGAUAGGUGGGAAUUAUGUUCAGAUAGAAUACGUUACGAGCAUGAUGCUGGAAGCAUGAUUCCUUACCACAAGAAUCUAACAAGAUUGGGAUAUAGAGCACUUAUUUUCAGUGGUGACCAUGAUAUGUGUGUACCAUUUACUGGAAGUGAGGCUUGGACAAGAUCUUUGGGAUACAAGAUUGUGGAUGAAUGGAGACCAUGGAACUCUAAUGACCAAGUUGCUGGGUACUUACAAGCAUACGAGAACAACCUUACCUUCCUCACAGUUAAGGGAGCUGGGCACACCGUACCGGAAUAUAAGCCACGGGAGGCACUGGAUUUUUACGGUCGUUGGUUGGAAGGAAAACCAAUAUAAUUAAUUUUAAAUGUACCAAUUACCAAAAUUAUCAUAUAUAUGUAGAAUAAACAUAUAUUUGUGCACAAAGUUGCUAAGUGAUUAUUAACAUCGUGUCUCUCAAUAUGUCUUUACUUUUGUAGUAGUAAUUCAUUAAAUC